GUCACAUAUACUGCACUGCUCAGUGAUUUGUAUCAGAUUAUAGUAAACUUAACAGAUUUUUGUGAUCGGUUGAAAAUCGUUGGUGCAGUUUUUAAUUCUAACAUGGAAUCGUUAGAUUAUACAAUAAAAUUUGUUUGCGUUUGUGGAACUACUUUGAGAUUUCGUUUCAAGGCUCAAUCAUUUUUUUUUGUGUUAUAUGGAAUGUUAUAGUUUUUUUCCGUGUACAUCAAUGUGUGCACAGCACACGACGAUCCAACAUCGAAAAACUAUGAUAUUCAAUCAUCAUGAAGCCGAAUCCAUUUUGUUUUUCUUUGUCACCUUCUCGUAUUCAACGCAUUUUCAACCGCAAAAGUAAGAACUUGUUAAAUAAAUUCGAUCUAUAAGUGGUUUUUUACUGUUAACAUGGGAAAAACACGUAAAAAUAUUAAACAAAAAAGUGAUGCUAAGAAAGCAAAUAUGGAAAACAUGAAAUUUAUGGAAAGCUUGGUAAGAACUUCAAAUGCAUUUUUAUGCACUCAUAUUUAACUUAUGUUUUACACUUUCUAAACAGCAACUAGUUGCCACACCGAUCUCAAAAACAAAACCCAAAAAGAAAUUGUGUACCAGCAUUAAUCCUCCGGUCAACUUACCAUCGCCGGUCAAAUCCGUUGUUCUGGAGCAAGGCAUUGCAGAUACCGUACCGACAUCUGAGGCACAGAUUUUCGAACUUGGAACGACUAUUGCUGGGGACCUACCAGUCAAAACAAUCACUGUCCCGACAGUUGAAACCGGUAUGGACAUUCCAGAGGUCCUAAGGGUUGACUCCAAUGCACCCCCAUUUCAGCCAACUUUUGCUGGACAUGAUGUCUCAAUAAUUAAAGUGGUGUUGGACUGCAAUGAAGCUGCCAGCGAAGAAUGCGUUGAUUUUGAAGACAAACCGCUCGAAACCGCUCCAGAUCUCAACGCUGUUCUCGUACUCCAGCAUCGGGUGGCAAUGCUUGAAUCGGAAAUUGGAGCACUUCGGCGAGAUAACGCUAAACUACGAUCGUUAAACAUGCGGCUCCAGGAAACCCUUGUUGAGCGGCCAAAUGGUACAUCAUUUACCGAAAUCCCUGGAUUUCCCGACGCAAAAUGGUUGUUAAGCGUCUCGCAGAAUGCUCAGGACAGCGAUUAUCUCUUUGUCAAGGAGUUAGUUGUUCGUCUAUUUCCCCUUGGUGUAGGGAAUGCCACUGUCUCUGGGCAUCCAUCGAACAACCCAUUUGGACGAGGAAUAAAGAAUGGGCUUGAACCCGACGCUCGAACUAAUGUUGGACGACUGGAUCCAGUCAAAGUAACGUACAUCAGAGACCGUCUCUAUGAAAGAAGAACUAUUCUUCAGGACGAAUUGGGAGUAGCUAUGCAGCGCUCUCGGAAGACUGCAAAGCACAUCGCUGCCGUUAUUAAUAACAAUCCAUCUCUACGCACCUUGCGCCAAGAAUAACCUGCCGGAUCAGAAAUCAUUUAAAUUUUAAUUUGUUUACCAGUCUUUGGAAAUACUGUUUUGUUAAAUGUAUUUCUGGAAUUGUUUUAACCCGUAUGACGUAUGAAUUUAGUUACGUUUUAGUUUGUUUUUGUCCGUUGAGUUGUUGAUUUCCAAUGUAGGUGGUUUCUUCAAAUAAUUUUGAAUAAAUAAAAAAAUGCGAAAAAAAAAUUAAGUUUUGAAUGAAUGAGAAAUUACCAAAUAUGGAUAACUGAAUUAAUUAAUAAAAUAAAUAAAUAAACGAACGGUGUGAUAUCAAAUGUGAACAUCAAAUUAUGAUCUGCAUGUGGCUUCCAAAACUAUCAAAUUUAGCUUUUAAUUAGAUAUAGAAUAGCUAAACGAGAUGUUUUGACAACCGAAAUGAAUUGAUCUUAGUGAGAUAUUAUAAUUACUCAUUAUGAUUUUUAUUUGAUAGUAUGCAUACAUUUUUUUGAUAUUAUUUUUGAUCUUUUAUCUCUUAUGUCAAACAAAUGAAUAGCUGUUUCUGUUCUUCAGUUAUUCACUUUCCAAUAACUAUAUAUGAUGUUCGUGAGUUUUUUCCACCUGCUCGGGUAUCGGUGUUUUUCGACUUAAUUCCGACUUUCUCGUAGCGGUGUUGGUGUUGUAGUGGUAAGCGUGAUUGCCUCUCAUCCCAGUCGGUCGGGUACCAAUUCUCGUCGACGCCGUCGGUAUUUUCUGAGACAUAAAAUCCCUGAUGACGUCCUGGCCCUGCUCAUGUGCUUCAAUCCUAGAGCCAUCCGACGUGCGGCGUGCCAUACGCCUUUCAACAUCGCGCCGCCGUUUUUUUCCUCUCAUGCCGAUAGAACAAAAUGUCAUAAAUGCCCAAAUAUUUCCUGUAGUUUUUUACUGGUGACAAGGAAUUUUUUACAGAUUUCCCUAAAAUUUCUUCAUGAGUUCCUCCAGGAAUUCGUUUACGGAUUCAAUCGAGAAUUGUUCUUAGGAUGGUCUCUUGGGAUUCAUACUACGUUUUUCCAAUGAUUUCUUCAGGGAUUCAUCCUCGAGUACUUACAAGAAUAUCUUCGUAAAUACCUCCAGGGUUUCCCGCAAAAAUCAUUUUAGGAAUUCAGGAAAUAUUCAGCUGGGUAGUUUUUGAUUGCUGCAAGCAUUUGCGCCUGAAAUUCUACUAGGAUUCCCCCAAAAGUUUUUUUUUUGUAAACGAUUCUUAUAUUAAUUAUUUGACAAAUUUCUCCAGAGAUUCUUCUUCCCUUUUUUCAUACAGGGACUUAUCCCUUAAAAGCCCGAGACGGACUUUGAAUUUUAAAAUGACCAUAAUUUGGAGACUAGUAGAUCAAUUAAUUAAUACCAAAUUUGAAGUAAAUGCGGUUAGUUGGUUUUCCAAUUCUUGGUAACGGAAAAAACGUAGACAGGAGAUGUGCACAGUUGGUUUCAAAUGGAUAUCUCAACAACAAAAUGAACUAGAAGGUUGGUGUCUUCGGCAAAGUUAUUCAGCAGAUCAAGGACUA